AUGAGCGGCGACAAUACAGGCUCGAACAGCCCCGAACCUAUCGAGAACGGUCCCAAGCGUAAUGCGAUCGGUAUCUCGUUUGGCAACUCUUACAGCAGCAUUGCCUACACCAACGCAGCGGAUGGCAAGGCAGAGGUGAUUGCAGACCCAGAUGGAGACCGACAAAUCCCUUCCAUCCUCUCCUACGUCGGCGGCGAAGAGUUUACCGGCGCACAAGCAAAGGCUCAGAUCCCACGAAACCCGCGGAAUACGAUUGCACACGUGCGAGACUACCUGGGCAAGAGCUUCAAGGAGAUCGAUCCCACGCCUUGUCAGGCUGUUGCACACCCGGUCGAGCAUGAUGGCGGGAAGACGGUGGCUUUUGUGGUGCAAGAGAAAGCCUCAGAAGAGGAGGGGCCACAGCCACAGAAGAGCACCCUUACAGUACAGGAAGUCUCGACCAGACUGCUGCGGAGAUUGAAGAGCGCGGCGUCAGACUAUCUGGGCAAGGACGUGAAUGCGGCUGUUAUCACAGUUCCAUCAGACUUCUCAGAUGCGCAGAAGGUGGCGCUGAAAACCUCGGCUGAAGCGGCUGGUAUUGAGGUGCUGCAAUUCAUUUCUGAGCCGAUCUCUGCUCUGCUUGCAUACGAUGCCAAAAUCCAACAAUCAGGCGAGGGGCAGCCAUCCCAGCAGGAUAAGAUCGUCAUCGUUGGAGAUCUUGGAGGCACGCGAUCUGAUGUGUCGGUUGUGUCGAGCAGGGCUGGGAUGUACACCACCCUGGCUACGGCACAUGACUACGAGCUGGGAGGUGUGACUUUGGACAAGGUGCUGAUUGAGUACGCAGCGAAGGAAUUCCUCAACAAGAACAAGAAUGCAAAGGACCCAAGAGAAAAUGAGCGAAGUCUGGCGAAGUUGACUCUGGAGGCAGAGGCCGUGAAGAAGGCGCUGAGCUUGGGCGCGAGUGCCUCCUUCUCGAUAGAGUCUCUUGUGGACGGCAUCGACUUCAGCUUGAGUGUGAACCGAACGCGAUUCGAGCUGCUCGGCAACAAGGUCUUUGCGUCAUUUACCAGACUCAUCGAAGGCGCAGUGCAGAAAGCCGAUCUGGACGUUCUGGACAUCGACGAGAUUGUUCUUUCUGGCGGAACCUCGCACACGCCAAAGAUCGCUUCUAACGUACAAUCGCACUUCCCAGAGAGCACCGUCGUCAUUGCACCCAGCACGACCCCAUCCGCCGUCAACCCCAGCGAACUUGCCGCACGAGGAGCCGCUAUUCAGGCUUCGCUUAUCUCAGAGUUCGAAUCACAGGAUAUCGUUGAGAACACCGAAGCCGUUGUUACCGUCACCCCUCACAUCCAACACGCUAUUGGUCUUGUCACCGGCGAGGACCAAUUCUCAGUCAUUGUGCCACCAGAGACCCCCGUUCCAGUACGGAGAACGGCACAGAUCUCGGUCAAGAACGGAGGCGACGUUCUCCUCAAGCUCGCCGAGGGUGUUCGAGAGAUCAAGAUCACGCAAGAGGAGAAGCCAGCCACGAAUGGCAAGAAGGAUGAUGACGACGAUGACGAUGAUGAGGACGACGAGGAUGAUGAGCCGGAAGAGAUCAGAAGCAAAGUGUGGAAGGUCAGCAAGCCGCUCGCUGAGGCUGCCAUCAAGGGUGUCAAGAAGGGCGGCAAGGUCGAGGUCCAGAUCAACGUGGCGGCAGACCUCAGCGUCACUGUCGUUGCGAGGGAAGUUGGCGGAAAGGGUGGUGUGCGAGGCGUGAUUGAGGCUGGAGCCGUGGAACAGAACGGCUCUGCCGCCUAA